AUGGCCAUGCUCCUGUGGGGAAACGCUGUGUCGAGGUAAUAAGGAAAGUGGAGUCUCUGAACGUUACCCUUAACCUACUGGUUUCUUUAGACUUUAAUAUUGAAGAUGGUUCUACCAAUACAGCCAAGUUUUUAAUUUCUUUUUUGAAGCAUCAGAAGCCACUAACAUGUUUUCUGGACGUCCAGCCAUUGAAGUUGGGGACAUUAUUGUAAUGGACAAUUUAGCCGUCCACCACUACGAUGGGGGAUAUAUUUUAGAAGAAUAUCCUGAGGUAAUGGGAGUGGAGUUAAUUUUUACUCCCACAUACUCUCCUGACCUUAAUCCAGUUGAAAUGUGCUUUGCUAAAGUAAAACUUAAUGGUGAACUUUCCGAUGCUGUACACGAAAAUCUUAAACUAGCUGUCAUGGACGCUAUUGAAACAGUAACACCAUCAGAUAUGGCAGGUUACUACCGGGCGACAUCGUACAUGUUUCCUAAGCUUGAAUGA